AUGAGCGAAAACCCUAACCCACCAGUGGACGUGAAGCCGGCGGCCGGCGGCCGCUUCCCGGGCCAUCACAUCCAUAAGCCGGUGGCUGCCCACCAUGUCCUCCCGGUCGUGGCGAUGCCGGCGCAGGUAGACGACGGCCGUGGAGGCGGCGGAGAGUCGCAGUUGAUUGCCGCUGCCGACGCGCAGGCUCUCCAGCAGGACCCUCAAGCGGUGAUUGCCCACCAAGUUGGUGGCAACCAGCUCACACUUUCGUUCCAGGGUGAGGUCUAUGUGUUCGACUCCGUCUCCCCCGAAAAGGUUCAGGCCGUGCUCCUGUCUGGAGGGCGCGAGAUGAACGUUGCUUUAAAUUCUUUUCAAUCAUCUCCCCAUAUGCAUAAUAGGCGCAUAAACUUUCCUCACAGAGUCGCAUCGCUGAUGAGGUUUCGCGAGAAGAGGAAAGAGCGAAACUUUGACAAGAGAAUACGAUAUGUUCGCAAAGAGGUUGCCCUCAGGAUGCAACGAAACAAGGGCCAAUUCAUAUCAUCCAAAUCCAAGCCUGAAGAUUCAACAUCUGGUGUUACCAGUUGGGAUACUACCCAGCAAUGGGGUUCACAGGAGAAUCGGCCGCCUGCAGCAUCUGCAUGCCAUCAUUGUGGCAUUAGUCCAAAGUCUACACCAAUGAUGCGCCGUGGACCUGAUGGACCAAGGACCUUAUGCAAUGCAUGUGGACUAGUGUGGGCAAAUAAGGGAAUAAUGAGGGAUCUUUCAAAAAAUCCAUCUCCAACCAUUCCAAAUGCCUUAGCAGAACCCAAGGAAGGGAAUAAUUCUGCUGAACCAGGAGCCGCACAACCACUUGCGAUGACUGCCAAUGGUCAUGAUUCAUCAUGAGAAAUCCUGUGCUUUUGGCAUUAGGGAUUCCAAUGAAGAUAUGAAUAUUUAGUUGGGGAACUUGCCCCUUAAUGGCUUCUCAAGAUUGUAGAUUAUUAUCAUACAUGUAUGUACAAUAUUAUCAGAAAAUUAGAUAUAGAAUUUUUCUCUGUUUUCGGUGAUCCUUAAGACUGUAACUUUGAUAACAAUUUAAUUGUUGUGGAAAGAUUCACAGUCACACAUCUAGUUUCGUCAAACCUAUAUGUGACACUUCACCUUGUUUA